AUGAGCCGAAGCGACAUGACUACCCACGGCUACGUCGCGGGCUAUUAUAUCGACGACCUCGACAGUCUUGAUGUCGAAGAGCAGUAUCGCCUGCUGUACGACUUGCCAGAUGGUCGCUUCGUCGCGCCGCAAGUUAAGCGACGCAUGUUCUACAAAGGCGAGACCGCAUCGCAAGCUCUGGAGCACGUGCGCCGGUUCAUACCUGCACCGUUCAGCGCCAAUUCGCUGUCGCCAAGCUUGUACGAUGCGCCGAGCUUGAUCGAUGAGGACCGGUGGCAUGAGGCUCGAGCGAAGUUGAGGAGAGAGGGUGCGUCGAUGGUUGAGUCGUUUGAUAGCAACGAGACGAUCCGGCCAGCUGGUGUCGUCGCACGGCGUUGGGAUCCGGCUGAGUCGAUAGCGGAGGAUUCGCCUCUAUUGGUAGCAGACCAGGAUCGAAUUACUGUUCAGAGCGAUGGGGUCAUUUUGUGGCAGUUGCUCAUUGACUAUGGCAAGGCUGUGCGGAAGAUCUUGGCUAAGUUAUUGACGUCCCAAUGCGCGUAUUAA